AUGACGGAAGAAAUAAAAAGAGAAGUGGUCUCUUGCCUUAAAAAGAACGUGGACAUCUUCGCAUGGACACCAGCUGAUAUUCCAGGCAUUAGUUUGAAGGUGAUUUCUCAUCAUUUGAAUGUGGACCCAAGUAUAAAGCCAAUAAAGCAGAAAAGAAGGAAUAUGCCACCUGAAAAGAAACAUGCUCUAGAAGAAGAGAUAGAUAAACUAAUUCAAGCUGAUUUCAUUGAAGAGGUCCAAUACCCAGAAUGGCUUGCCAAUGUUGUAAUGGUGAAGAAAUCAAAUAGGAAAUGGAGAGUAUGCGUAGACUUCACUAAUCUUAACAAAGCUUGCCCAAAAGUUUCAUAUACUUUACCAAGAAUCGACAAGUUAGUGGAUGAGACCUCAGGCUAUGAGUUGCUAAGCUUCAUGGAUGCUUUAUCAGGAUAUCAUCAGAUAAAGUUGAAUCCCUCAGAUAAAGAAAAGACUGCUUUCAUUGCUAAGAGAGGGCCGUAUUGUUACAAAGUAAUGCCUUUUGGACUAAAAAAUGCAGGAGCAACCUAUCAAAGAAUGGUGAACAAGGUGUUCAAGCACCUUUUAGGUGACACUAUGGAAGCUUAUGUCGAUGAUAUGAUCAUCAAAAGCAAGACUUUAAGAGGUGGGAAGAAUUUUGAAUGGACUUCAGAAUGUGAUAAGGCUUUUGAAGAGCUAAAAGAAUACUUGAAGCAGAUACCUUUUUUGACUAGACCUGAGCCUAAAGAGCCAUUAUUUGUAUAUUUGGGAGUUAGCAAGAUGGCUUUAAGAGCAGUCUUAUUGAGGAGGGAAGGAAAAGUGGAUAAACCUGUGUACUACGUCAGUAAAGUACUUCAAGGUGCAGAGUCUCGAUACCCUUUUACUGAAAGGAUAUUACAAAGACCAGAAUAUUCUGGAAGACUUACAAAGUGGGUGAUUAAACUAGGAGAGUAUGAUAUUUGCUUUGAACCUAGACAAGCAAUCAAAGGUCGAGCUUUAGCUGAUUUCAUAGUAGAAUGCACUGGAGAAGAGAAGCUAAACAAAGCAGAUGAACACAUAUGGAAGAUGUUUGUCAAUGGAGCAUCAAGUUCAUCGGGGAGCGGAGCUGGGGAAUAUGAAGCACUCAUAGCAAGAAUGAGCUUAGCCAAGCAACUACAGGUGAAAAGAUUGAUGGCACAUAGUGAUUCACAAUUAGUGGUUCAACAGUUUCAUGGAGAGUAUGAAGCAAAAGAACCGAUCAUACGCCAAUACCUUCACAAGGUUAAAACCUUGUCUAAGGAGUUUGAAGAAUUCCAAUUAUUACAAGUUAAUAGGAAUUCAAAUAGUCAUGCAUACGCUUUGUCCAAAUUGGCCUCAUCAAUGGAAACAAAGGGAAGGAUUGUACAUCUCAAAGAAGUUCAAAAGCCAAGUAUCGAAAAGAAGAACAUAGCAAACAUUGAAGAUGGGAAUGAUUGGAGAAUACCCUUUAAGAAAUUCUUAAAAGAUGGGGAGCUGCCUUCAAACACACUGGAAGCCAAAAAAUUAAAGAUGAGAGCAGCUCAUUUCACGCUGAUAAAUGGUGUUCUCUACAAGAAGGGGUUAUCCAUGCCACUUUUAAGGUGCCUCCAAAAACAAGAUGCAGAAUAUGCGUUAGCUAAAGUCCAUGAAGAAAUAUGUGGACAACAUAUGGGAGUGAGAGCCUUAGCAGCCAAAGUCUUGCGUGCAGGAUUUUAUUGGCCUACCUUGAGAGAUGAUGCUUCAAAGAAGGUAAAGAAGUGUGAUAAAUGCCAAAGGUUCGCACCUAUCCAAAAAGCUCUGCCUCAGAUGUUCGAGAUGUGA